CGACCUCUCUCUUCCUCCCUCCCCACCCAACUCGGCAGUCCUGGCUGGUCCCGCCGUCCCAGAAUAAGAGCUCCUCGGGGGCUCAGAGGCUGUGGCGAGCCCCCUACCCCCAUUCCCACCCGCGAUCCUCUCCCCUCCGUGGGCCCGACAUGCCGAAGGCCGCGGGGAGCCAGGAGAUCCGGGCUGCACUCCCGGGUUUGGGCUGCUUGAGACUCCGUCCUGGCCUUCCCCGGAGCCUCCUGCUCUUGACCUGGCUCGGCCUGUGCUGGGAAGGAGAGGGCCGCAUUCAGGGACCCAACCCCCGGACACUGAGGCUCAGCCUGCUGGCCCUGCCCCACUCCACUCGCCAACAGGGGCCUGGGCACUGGACAUCAUGGGGGGCGUGGAGUGACUGCUCCAGCACCUGUGGGAAUGGGGCGAGUGUCCGCAGUCGCCGGUGUAUCAGGCUUCCAGAGGAAGAUCCAUGCAAUGGAGACUCCCGUCAGUUCCGUCUGUGUCAUAUCACCGCCUGUCCCCCGGGAGCCGUGCCCUUCCGGGAAUUGCAGUGCGCCCUCUACAAUGCCAGGCCGAUCCCAGGCCACCAGGCUACCUACCAGUGGGUGCCCUUCCAUGGGGCUCCCAACCUGUGUGACCUGAACUGCCUGGCUGAAGGCCACACAUUCUACUACACAUUUGGCCGGGUCCUGGACGGGACCCGCUGUGGCCCGGACACCGACGGCCUCUGCAUCAGUGGCCGAUGCCUUAGCGCGGGCUGUGAUGGUGUCCUAGGUUCGGGGGCUCGGGAGGAUCACUGCGGCACGUGCGGUGGCGCCAACGACUCCUGCCUCUUCAUACAGCGGGUGUACCGGGAGGCCGCGCCUACCUCCGGCUUCUUCGGCUAUAGAAAUGUGACCCGCAUCCCCACCGGGGCCCGGCACAUCAGGGUAACUGAUCAGAGCCGCAACUAUCUCGCGCUGAUGGGCAGCGACGGGCGCCACGUGAUCAACGGGGACUGGGCCAUCGACUGGCCUGGGGUCUACGAGGUGGCGGGGACCCAGGUGCGAUACAUCCGCUCGGCUGGCCACCACGAGACCCUGGAGGCAGUGGGGCCCACGGGUGAGGACCUGCUCUUACAGGUCCUGUUCCAGGAGGCCAACCCUGGCAUCGAGUUUGAAUUCUGGCUGCCUCGGGCCCUCUACCAGAGCUUCCAGGGGACUUGGGGUGACUUCAGUGCCCUGCGGCAGCCCCAGCCCCGAGAGGUGGAGGCGGGCCCCCCCCCAGGAUCCCCCACCAAGGGCCUGCCCACCCCCACCCUCCCAGCCCGGCCCAGCCCCCAGGCCCCACACAGGCCACGAGAUCCCCCGCAGAGACUCCCAGAUGACUCCGGGGAGAGAGGGACCUGCCCGGCAUGCCCCAACCCCAAGGGCCACUCCCGCCGCUUGCAGCACUACUGCCAGAGUGAUUUCGUGUUCCGAGGCCGGGUGCUGGCGCGGCGGCAGGUGGGGCAGGAGACCCGCUACGACGUGCAGGUGGAGCACACCUACAAGAACCUCUACCCGCUGGAACGGCGCGAGUACCUGUGGGGCCCAGGCGUGUGCCCCUGCCCCUUGCUGACCGAGCGGCGGGAGUACCUGCUCACCGCCCGCCGCCACGUCAACUACGAGGGCACUCUCAACCGCCUGCUGCUGCCCCGCGCUGGCUACGCCCGCCCCUGGUCCCCCCGCGAAGACACCCUGAUACGAGAGGCGGCCAGGCACUGCCCGCGCUCAAGGGCCGGCUGACCGCUGCAGCCCGGCCCACUGGAGGGGCCGAGCCAGGAUUCGCGGGGAGGAGUGCUGUCCACAUCCACCUGCGUCCGUCCAGUUCCUUCCGCCCCGGUCCCAUCUCUCCCCGCCGGGCAGGAGAAGAGCCCAUGUCUUCCCCUCCCCCCGUCCGGUCGCAGCCACCAUGUAAGCUCUUACUGCUUCCCAGCCCUGGCCCCGGCUCCCGAGUUUCCCCUGGGGCUCGGGGAGGUGGGCAUCGCUGGUUCACUAGACCCCUAGAAGACCCUUCUCUACUCCUCGGUUUGGGGCCCGGGUUGUCAGAACCAGAUCGGGGCGGGGGAGGGGGGAGUUGAGCCACGAUCAGGUGGAUGAAGGAGGCGGGACAGCUGACCACCCCUCCCCCUUGCCGCUUCAGGUGAGCCCCC